CUUCCGCGCGUGGCGUGAAGUUUUGCGCAUGCGUAUAUACCCAACAUAUGCGCAUGCGCUAAACGCAACAAAUGGCGGCGGAAGAGGGGAAUUCAAGAAGAAAGGGUGUGGUGCUCACCAAACCAGUGGUGUAUGGAAACAUUGCAAGAUACUUUGGAAAGAAGAGAGAAGACGAUGGCCACACCCACUCCUGGACAUGCUACCUCAGACCUUUCAAGAACGAGGACAUGACUGUGUAUGUGAAGAAGGUGCAGUUCAAACUCCACGACAGCUACCCAAGCCCCGUUAGAGUGGUCAUGAGACCGCCAUAUGAAAUCAACGAAACCGGGUGGGGAGAGUUUGAGGUCGUCAUCAAGAUAUUCUUUGCCGACUCUGCAGAAAAACCAAUCACAAUCUAUCAUCUGAUCAAGUUGUUUCAGACGGACCCAGCCGUCAUGGCAGGGAAGAAGAACCUCGUCUCUGAGAAUUAUGACGAGCUGGUGUUCACAGACCCCACCAACACCAUGUACCAUCUCCUCACCUCUCCCAAACAAAUGGUCCCGGCCAUACGACACGAACCAGGAAUUGACUACAAGGAGAAGGAGCAACGGAACCUUGCUGCUCUAAAUAAUGCUCACCGUAAGCUGAAGAAUGAAAUAAGUGACCUCAGCGAUCGACUCAAGAUGAGCAGAGAAAGCAUUCAGAGACUAAAGGAACAAGUGGAACAAGCAGAGGAGGAGGAACUUGUUGGGACUUAGCCACGCCCAGUGACCACACCCACUCCACUCAUUUUUACACGUUCAUAAAAAAUCAUACAACAUUGUGAUGUGCAACUGUCUGUCAUGUAUCUUGAUCUGGUGGUACAAUACUGCUGUUGGAAUGCAAUUUGAGGUAGAGUUCCGCCUUGGGUCCGAAGGUCAUUCUCCCUGCAAACUCUGCGUGUCCUGAACUUGCGAUACUGGCCUAGAGAUGUAAGAAUCAGGACGCCUCUCCAAUCAGGACAGCGACUAGUGGUGUCCUGAUGUACAAUA